GCGGCACAGGUGGGAGCGCGCCCGUCGCAAGAUGGCGGCGGCCAUGCUAGGCCCUGGGGCUGUGUGUACGCAGUGGCCAGCGGCGCGGCCCGUGUGGCAGGCGUGGCGAAGGCUUUAGCUCGACCCUCGGCUCCCCUUCGUGUCCGCUCUCCUUGUCUCGCCCAAGAUGGAUCUGACCGUAGGCCCCGGUGGGGCGGGGCCCAGCAACGUUCCGGCCUUCCUAACCAAACUAUGGACUCUGGUGAGCGACCCAGACACCGACGCGCUCAUCUGCUGGAGCCCGAGUGGGAACAGCUUCCACGUACUCGACCAGGGCCAGUUUGCCAAGGAGGUGCUGCCCAAGUACUUCAAGCACAGCAACAUGGCCAGCUUUGUGCGGCAGCUCAACAUGUACGGCUUCCGGAAAGUGGUCCACAUUGAGCAGGGUGGCCUGGUCAAGCCUGAGAGAGAUGACACUGAAUUCCAGCACCCUUGUUUCCUGCGUGGCCAGGAGCAGCUCCUCGAGAACAUCAAAAGGAAAGUGACCAGUGUGUCCACCCUGAAGAACGAGGACAUAAAGAUCCGCCAGGACAGCGUCGCCAAGCUGCUGACAGAUGUGCAGCUGAUGAAGGGCCGGCAGGAGUGCAUGGACUCCAAGCUCUUGACCAUGAAGCACGAGAACGAGGCCUUGUGGCGGGAGGUGGCCAGCCUCCGGCAGAAGCAUGCCCAGCAACAGAAAGUGGUCAACAAGCUUAUUCAGUUCCUGAUCUCAUUGGUGCAGUCAAACCGGAUCCUGGGAGUAAAGAGAAAGAUUCCGCUGAUGUUGAAUGACAGCAGCUCGGCACAUUCAGUGCCUAAGUACGCCCGCCAAUACUCCCUAGAGCAUGUCCACAGCUCUGGCCCAUUCACGGCUCCAUCCCCGGCCUACAGCAGCUCCAGCCUCUACCCCCCAGAAACUGUUGCCAGCUCUGGACCCAUAAUCUCCGACAUCACUGAGCUGGCCCCGGCCAGCCCUGUGGCCUCCCCAGGCGGGAGUGUAGAUGAGAGGCCCCUACCCAGCAUUCCCCUGGUGCGUGUCAAGGAGGAGCCCCCCAGCCCACCUCAGAGCCCCCAGGUGGAGGAGGCGAGUCCUGGGCGCCCGUGUUCUGUGGACACCACUUUGUCCCCAACUGCCCUCAUCGACUCCAUCCUGCGGGAGAGCGAGCCCACGCCUGCCUCGGCCAUGGCCCUCACAGAUGCUGACACUGGGGGCCUCACAGAUGCCAGGAGCCACCCCCCCUCACCCCCACCCCCUUCCACCCCUGAGAAGUGCCUCAGCGUAGCCUGCCUGGACAAUUUGGCUCGCACUCCACAGAUGUCUGGGGUCACUCGCCUCUUCCCCUGCCCCUCCUCUUCCUCUCUGCAUGGCCGAGUCCAGCCAGGGAAUGAGCUCAGCGACCACUUGGAUGCCAUGGACUCCAACCUGGACAACCUACAGACCAUGCUGACAAGCCACGGCUUCAGCGUGGACACCAGUGCCCUGUUGGACCUGUUCAGCCCUUCAGUGACCAUGCCUGACAUGAGCCUGCCUGACCUGGACAACAGCCUGGCCAGUAUCCAGGAGCUCCUGUCCCCUCAGGAGCCCCCUAGGCCUGUGGAGGCCGAGAACAGCAGCUCCGACUCAGGGAAGCAGCUGGUGCACUACACAGCACAGCCCUUGUUCCUGCUGGACCCCGGCUCCGUGGACACUGGGAGUAGCGACUUGCCAGUGCUUUUUGAACUGGGCGAGGGCUCCUACUUCUCCGAGGGAGACGACUACACAGACGACCCCACCAUCUCUCUGCUGCUGGGCUCGGAGCCUCCCAAAGCAAAGGACCCUACUGUGUCCUAGAGGUCCCAAGAGGGGGACAAGGCAGGCACGCUCCCUGGGCUACCACAUCAGACACCACAGCCCCCGGGCAGGCAGAGGGGCUUGGGCUGAAGGUGCCUAUGGUUGAGAGCAGGGAUCCUAGGCCUGCCCAUCCAUCUGCUGCCUUCCCAGCCACACCUGGACUGGCCCUGCAGGUUGUUCAUAGUCAGAAUUACUGUAUUUUGGAUUUUUACAUGAGCGCCCACUUCCCUUUCCAUAGAAAUAUACAGAUAUAUACACAGGUGGACUGACGGACAGACAGACGGACAGACAAGACAGAGAAGAGACCUAUAAAUGGACAGGCUUUA